UAGUUUUUGUUAGUUUAAACUGUAGUUAAAUAUUUUUGAUAAAGUUUUCAUCUUUUAUGGGUUUUUGUUGUUUUUUUGUCAUUGAUUUGGUGAAUAAUUUAGUUGGGUGUUCAUAAAUCUGUGAAAAGACUGAGAAUUUGGAGUAAAGAUUCAUACUUUUUGAGUGGAGGAGUUCUGGUUGCAUAAAGUUUGAUUUUUUUUAGUUUUGUAGAUGUUGAAGUUCUUCAAUAAAGGGUUAGAAUUUAGAAGAAUCUUUGGAACAUAUUCCUAAUUUCAGUUUUUAAGAGUAAGAGAUGGUUGCGGAAUCGUGGUUUCGUGGUCUGUGGAAGAUUCCGCGGAAGCAUGAAUCUGGGACUGAGAAGGUGUUCAUUGGAGUUCUGGCCUUUGAAGUUGCUAGUUUGAUGGCUAAGCUAGUACAUUUGUGGCAAUCUUUGAGUGAUAAACAGGUUUCAAGGUUAAGCGAGGAGAUAUCGAAUUCCGUCGGUGUAAAGAAGCUUGUUUCGGAGGAUGAAGGUUUCAUUGGUAGUUUGAUAUGUGCAGAGUUGAUUGAAAGUAUGGUACAUGUUGCAAAAUCUGUGGCUAGAUUAGAGAAGAAAUGUUCUGAUCCUGCUCUGAGAAGUUUUGACCAUGUUUUCGAUGAUUUAUUUAAGUUUGGUACCGAUACCUACGGGUGGGAAUUUUCGUAUAAGAAGAUGGAUAAGAAAGUUAAGAAGAUGGAGCGUUUUAUUUCUAUUAAUGCCACUUUGUAUCAAGAGAUGGAAUUUCUUGCAGAUCUUGAGCAGACUGUGAAACGAAUGAAGGGGAAUGAUCCCGAGCCAGAGAAUUUGCUUGAUUAUCAAAAGAAGCUUGUGUGGAAGAAGCAUGAAGUGAAGAAUUUGAGGGAGAUUUCACUUUGGAAUAAGACUUACGAUUAUACGCUCGUGCUCUUGGUGAGGUCAUUGUUUACGAUAUUCAAUAGAAUUAAUUAUGUAUUCGGCACUAGUCCAGUGGCUUCUUCCGUGAACUCGAAAAUUUUGGAUUCAGAUAAUAUUUAUCGCAGUCAAUCAGUUUCUACAUUAUUGCAGAAUUCGAAUCUUCCAUCUGAGAGUAGCAGCAUCCCUAGAUUUGCUUCUGGCCCUCUUGGCGGUUAUAGUGCAAAAUCAGGUCCAAUUUCGAAACCAAAUAAAACAAAUCAUUUUUAUUCGGGUCCUCUAAGUUCUCCAGCUGCAAAAUCAGGUCCCAUUUCUCAAAAGAACAGAAAUGGGAGUUAUUUUUCAGGUCCUCUCGGAAAGUCAACUACAAAAAAUGGAAGUUAUUUUUCAGGUCCUCUUGGAAAGUCAAUUACCAAGUCGGGGCCGAUUUCUACAAUAACUAAAGGCGCUAAGAAGAUGUGGCAGACUCAAUCACCGGUACUGCAAGGGAAAAAACUACAGUCAAAACCAAAUAGAUUGACUCAAGUUGGACCCUUUAAAGGGUGUAUGAUAGCUUCAAAUACUUCGCCAGUUGCUAAUUGCUACAUAAAUUCGACACUAGUUCAUUUAAGAAAUCAAAAUGAAGUUACUGACAAUGAAGUUGAGAUCAUUACACGUAAUGUGUCUGCGUUUACUUCACAGUUCAAGUUGUUAGAUGCUCUUCCCGACACUCUUGGUGCUGCUGCUUUAGCAUUGCAUUAUGCAAAUGUCAUAGUCGUAAUCGAAAAGCUAGCUGCUUCUCCUCACUUAAUUGGCCACGAUGCGAGGGAUGACUUAUAUAACAUGUUACCUUUGAAUGUGAGAACAGCCCUGAGAGCGAGGCUAAAGCCGUACUCUAAAAGUUUGGCGUCAGCAGUUUAUGACACUAGUCUUGCAGGAGAGUGGAAUGAGGCAAUAUCAUCGAUACUAGAAUGGCUGGCUCCACUUGCUCAUAACAUGAUAAGAUGGCAAUCAGAGCGAAGUUUCGAGCAGCAAAACUUUGUUUCUCGAACAAACGUGCUCUUAGUACAGACUCUUUAUUUUGCAAACCAAGAAAAAACAGAAGCAACCAUAACUGAACUUCUUGUUGGACUCAAUUACAUCUGGAGACUUGGACGAGAACUUAAUGCAAAAGCUUUGCAGGAGUGUGCUAGUGGUAGAGUACAUGAUGAAUAUAUGGAUCACGACAAGUAACCAUACCGCCAAGGCUGUGGUAAUUCCGGUGGAUGCAAUCGUCUGUAUGCGAGUGACUACUCCAAAGUCCGGCUACAAGUGCACAUGGCUAGACAAAGAUUUUCAUUUGCUUGGAUAUGAGGAGACUGAGAACCAACAUUCUCUAAAAUUUUCAACAUCAAAAGCAUCUUAAUGAGUUUGAGGUAUAUUGCGAGCUACCCUCCAAAAUGCUAGUUUAAUUUUGAGAAUCUAGUCGUGUUUUUUAAUUAUACGUUAUUGAUGAUUUGUGUAUAUCUAUUAGUUUUUUCUAUAUUAACUGUAAAUGUUUAAGAUAAGCUACUAAAUUCAUAUAUGGUGAGCAUGCCUUCUUUCUUGCA